GCUAACAUCACUUAACCUGAAAAAAAAAAAAAAACCUCUGCUGAACCACUGCCAAGAUGACACUCAAGAUGAGGCUUUUCCUGUUAGCACUAGCUGCCUGCUACAUUUCUGCUGUGUAUGCUGCUGGGUUGCCAUUCUCCAAUGACCCGAAAUGCAAAUGCAUAACACAAACAUCUGCUAAAAUCAACCCAAAGACCUUCCAUCACAUUGAGAUGAUUCCCAGAGGAGCCCACUGUAGCAAGGUCGAGAUAAUAGUCACCUUGAAAAACAAACAUGUGGUCUGUGUGAACCCUGAAGCAACAUGGAUCCAACAUGUUAUUACGGUCAUUCUGCAGAGAAGAAACACCACCGCCGUCGUAGAUGAGAAUCCCAAAUAGUAACUGGGCAGCACUGAAGCAAAUACAAAAGCAUGAAGCGACAUCAUUCUUUUCCCUGAUGCUACAGAAUAAUCUUCUUCUUUUAAUGAUCCUCUAUUACAGACAGCACCAGUGAAAUAGUAGUAUGUAAUAAUUGUAUGAGAAAUGUAUUUUAAUAUUUGUUUCAUGUGGGCCAUAGAUAAACAAUUUAAAUUUAUAAAAAAAAAAAGUUGUAUUGGUUUUUGAGACCAUUAAAUGAUUGCUUUGUAAGAAUAAACAAACUGAACAAGAAAUCCUGUGCUGCAAAUGACUGACCAUAAUGUCACACUUUUUAAAGUAAAUUGCUUUUGAACCAUUCCCUAUAUUGUCAAU